GUGGCCAAAACUUGGGAUAAGAUUACUUUUGAACAAGCUAAAGAGGCAGUAGGUUUGAUUUGGCAAGUUGCUUGGAAAAGGAGUGGAGAAGUGUCCUGUAACCACUGAACAAUAGAAAAUGGUCGUCUGUGGAGCUCUAUGGUGAAGACCUCAGAAGAAAUAUCAAUUUUUCCAGUCAGCUUUUCAUAAUGUAAAUAUAGUUUGAGCUUCCCCCAAUGGGCAGCUAAACCAUGAACAAGCAGAAAAACCCUUUUUGGACUGUAUUUCUGAAGCAGGCUUCACCUUCCAUCUCGAGAACUUUUUAAAGGAUUACAGCUGAAAAAGACAAGAGAAAGAAAACCUUGAACAGGAACCCUAUCCUACAAUGAGAAUUACAAGUACAUCUUGUAUCUGCCCAGUCCUAGUUUGUCUCUGUUUUGUGCAGAGGUGUUAUGGAGCUGCUCAUCAUGGCUCCAUCAAGGUGACUAGAAAUCAAACCAGGCAUAUAGAAGGUGAAACAGAAGUACAUCAUCGUCCCAAGCGUGGAUGGGUGUGGAAUCAGUUCUUUGUUUUAGAAGAACACAUGGGACCAGAUCCUCAGUAUGUAGGAAAGCUGCACUCCAAUUCCGACAAAGGUGAUGGAUCAGUCAAAUACAUUCUUACUGGAGAAGGAGCGGGGACUAUAUUUAUUAUUGAUGACACAACAGGAGACAUCCAUUCAACCAAAAGCCUCGAUCGAGAACAGAAGACACAUUAUGUGCUUCAUGCCCAAGCUAUUGAUAGAAGGACAAACAAGCCACUUGAGCCUGAAUCUGAGUUUAUUAUCAAAGUACAGGAUAUCAAUGACAAUGCACCAAAAUUUACAGAUGGACCAUACAUUGUUACUGUGCCAGAGAUGUCUGAAAUGGGUACAUCUGUUCUACAGGUGACAGCAACAGAUGCAGAUGACCCUACAUAUGGAAACAGCGCCAGAGUAGUAUAUAGUAUUCUUCAGGGACAGCCAUAUUUCUCUGUUGACCCUAAAACAGGAGUCAUCAGGACUGCCUUGCAUAACAUGGACAGGGAAGCCAGAGAGCAUUAUUCCGUUGUCAUUCAAGCCAAAGAUAUGGCUGGGCAGGUUGGAGGGCUGUCAGGGUCAACAACAGUAAAUAUCACACUCACUGAUGUCAACGACAAUCCACCCAGGUUUCCUCAGAAACAUUAUCAGCUCUAUGUUCCUGAAUCAGCUCAGGUUGGAUCAGCAGUUGGCAAAAUCAAGGCAAAUGAUGCAGACACUGGGUCAAAUGCUGACAUGAAGUACACAAUUAUAAAUGGUGAUGGUGCUGGGGUGUUUUCCAUAUCCACUGACAAAGAAACACGAGAAGGAAUUCUUUCCCUGAAGAAGCCGCUCAACUAUGAAAAAAAGAAAUCCUAUACACUUAAUAUAGAAGGAGCAAAUACUCAUCUUGACUUCCGCUUUUCACAUUUGGGACCAUUCAAGGAUGUAACAAUGCUGAAGAUCAUAGUUGGCGAUGUGGAUGAACCUCCUCUCUUCACUAUGCCUUCCUAUCUCAUGGAAGUUUAUGAAAAUGCAAAGAUCGGGACAGCUGUUGGCACUGUAACAGCACAAGAUCCUGACACUGCCAACAGUUUAGUGAGAUAUUUCAUUGAUCAUAACACAGAAGAAGAUAGAUAUUUCACCAUUGAUGCUAAUACUGGAACCAUUAAAACUGCCAGGAUCUUUGACAGAGAGGAAACACCUUGGUACAACAUCACAGUGGCUGCGUCUGAGAUAGGGCUUUGCAAAGCAGUACCAGAAUCCCGAAAUGGACCCACUAUUGGCCACAGAACCAGUGCAGUUUGUGGUGCCCUGAUCUACUCAGGAGACAAUCCUGGGCUAGUGAGCCAUGUUCCAGUUGGCAUUAGAAUCCUGGAUGUCAAUGACAACCCUCCAGAGCUCGCUAGAGAGUAUGACGUAGUGGUCUGUGAGAAUGCAAAGCCUGGUCAGGUAAUUCAGACCAUCACUGCAACUGACAAAGAUAACUCUGCAAAUGGGGCCAGAUUCCAUUUUUCUCUUGACGAAGGGCUUUUUUUGAAUCCCAACUUUACUCUAAGGGAUAAUGAAGAUAACACAGCCAGUAUCCUGACAAGACGAAGGAGAUACCGUCGAACCACUCAAGAUGUCUAUUACCUCCCAAUUUUGAUUUCUGAUGGUGGAGUGCCCCCUCUCAGCAGCAGCAGUACUCUCACUGUUAGAGUUUGUGCAUGUGAGAGAGAUGGACGUGUGAGAACUUGCCAUGCUGAAGCUUUCCUCUCCUCAGCUGGCUUGAGCACAGGAGCUUUAAUUGCAAUCCUGCUCUGUGUUGUCAUUCUUCUUGUUUUCUCUUUAGCAAUUGUGGUCCUUUUCAUCACCCUAAGACGUAGCAAGAAGGAGCCUUUGAUCAUUUCAGAAGAAGAUGUCCGAGAAAAUGUUGUGACAUAUGACGAUGAGGGCGGUGGAGAAGAAGACACAGAAGCAUUUGAUAUCACAGCAUUACGUAAUCCAUCAGCUGCAGAAGAGCUAAAGUAUCGGAGGGAUGUCCGCCCUGAAGUUAAGCCUGCACCCAGGCAUCAUCCUUCUUCAAGCCUUGACAGUAUAAAUGUUCAGGAGUUCAUUAAACAAAGACUUGCAGAGGCUGAUCUGGACCCCAGCGUGCCCCCAUAUGACUCCUUACAGACAUAUGCCUAUGAAGGUCAUAGAUCAGAAACUGGAUCUAUCAGCUCUCUGGAUUCAGUCACAACACAAUCUGACCAGGAUUAUAAUUACCUUGGAGACUGGGGGCCUGAGUUCAAGAAGCUAGCUGAACUCUAUGGGGAAAUAGAAUCAGAAAGAACAACUUAGCUGUAAUUCCCAGAACAGAGAAAUUCCUAAACAGCUGGAGAUAGAACGACAACAGUGAUAACAGCAAAUAAAUACAGUACUUGGAACUGAGCAAGUUGUACACAGUUACUGUAGAACAAGUGCCCUUUUCAUAUUUGAAACUGGGUUCUCCAAUUGGAAGAAAGUAAAAUUUUGAAAAAUACAGAGAAAAGAAGCAAUUGUCCCUUGUGUAUAUUUUUAAUUGCUCAAUAAAGUCUGUGGUACUGUAUCCAUAACAGUACCUUUAAGUAAAGCCGGGCAAUGACACUUUUAUUGCAAUAUGCUUAACAUCUCCGAGCUACAGUAUGUUUCUGAUCAUGCCUGUUUAGGAAGAUAACUAAUGGAAGAGCAAAUCAUUUGCAGAUGGUUUUGAGGUUGCCUUGCUAGCUGUGCUCUAGGCCUUGUGAUCCCAAUGUAAGGUAGCUAAUGGGGUUUACUAUCAGUGUGAGAAGUCCUAGGAGUCAUUUUCCUUUAACAGCAGCGAUAAUCCACACCUGUCCUCUAAAAUAAAUGGUCCUUUGAUGGUUUAAUCUGUUUGAAUUAGCAGGUUGCAAUGUGAAAAUGUCAUUUCAUUAUGUCCCUCAUACUCUCUUUAUCCCUAACCAGCUAGCAGAGGGACAACAUCAUUAGCUGUCAGUGCAAACACAGCUCUAGACCAUAACCUCAGACCCACUCUGGAAGAAGAGUUGUUUUUGAUGUGUGUGCUUUUUGUAUUUUCAUGGGAACAUCGUUCAUGUAAAUGAAUCUGAAGUACUCUUUAUGCAGCAAAGCAGAUGAAGCACAGGUUCUUUCAGUAAAAACAAGAAUGGCAGCACAAUUAAAGUAUGCAGUUGUUCGGUUCACUGUGCUUCACUUAUGGCAAUAGAUGGAGCUUUUGAAGUCUUUUGCUGGUCUUAAUCCAAGAGCUACAAGAGUCACUUUAUGACAGUGUUCUUAAUCAUAAUGUGUCUAUUUCUGUGUGUGUCUAAAAGCGGAAUAUUGCUGCUGGUAAGACACUGGAAUAGAGAAGAUUUAAACAAGGUGAUCAAAAUGAUGAUGCUUGUUUUCUUUUUAGUUCAAUAUAUAGAUAUUUAAUUUGUCUUAGAGUAAUUUCUAUCUAAGCAGAACAAACUCUUUUUUUCCCUAUUUCAAACAUUAUGGGAAGAUAAACAUCUUAAGCCAGUGGAGGGUGAAAGAAAUAAAAUGUGUCAUUUUGGAUUUCUUAUUGAUGAAAAAAAUCGAUCUCUUGUGUUAGUAAUUUUUUUUUUUUAAUUGCAUUGCAUUGCAGAACUUGCUCUUUAGGCUGCUUAGUAUCUAUAAGAUUUAUGUUUCCCCUUGGUUUGUUUGCAAGUUUAACGUUUUGUUUCUCUGUCUUCUGAUAAUACUACGAGAGGACAAGGAAAACACAGUAUCCCAUUGUAUGGGAAUUGUUGAGUCACAGCCUGAACCACUGAUUGAUCACCUGAGGAAAGGACUGAGUCAGCCAUGGGAGCACAGGUGAAGGCAAUUCAGCUGUGUGACCAGAAGUAGACCCAUUUAAGGGCUGACUGCCACUAGGAAAGGGUCUCCAGAAAGAGAUCCUUCCUCUGUGGAUUCUUUCCUGUGAACCUAGAUCUUUGUAUACAGGUGAGCAUUCCUUCCCUGUUUGUUUCUUUUCCUGUUUCCACCAUGACACUAUUUCCAACUGUAACAUCAACUUUAACACCCAUGAAGGAUUAUGACUGAAUAGGUUCAUUAUCUACUAAAGCCUAGUACUUUUAAAAUGAUUGGAGCUCUACUUAGAGAUGUAGGCUUUCAUGAUAUGUAUUUCAUAAAGAAACUGUUCAGGGCAGAAGCUGUGUACUGUUUGUCUACUUUGGGCUGGUAUGGAGAGAUUCAGACUGGUAGGGAAAGAAUUACCUACAAUCAUAAAAUCAUUUAGCUUGAAAAGACCUACAAGAUCAGCAGGUUAAGUGUUGUCACCAAAACAAGUCUACCACUAAACCCUGUCCCUAAGUAUCACACCCUCAUGUUUCAGAAAUAUCUCUGGGAAUGGUGACUCUACCACCUCCUUGGGCAGCCCCUAGCAAUGCCUAGCUAUCCUUUCCAUGAAUAAAUUCUUCCUAGCAUCCAAUUUAAACCUCCUCUGAUGCAACUUGGGGCUGUUGACUCAUGUCCUUUCACUUUUCACCUGAGAAAAAAGACCAACACCCUUCUCACUACAGCUUCCUGUUAGGUAGUUGUGGAGAGCAAUGAGGUCUCCUCCAGGCUAAGCAGCCCCGGUUCCCUUCAGCCACUCUUCAUAACUGUUUUCUAUGCCCUUCACCAUCUUCAUGGCUCUCUUCUGAAUGCAUUCCAAUUCUCAUCCAAGCUGAGUCUGUAUUUAUACUGACCUACUAUGAGUCACACAAGUGAAUUGUUUGGUUCUUUACAGUAUAAGUAGGUACGUUCUAUCCAAUUUUUGAUCAGUCCUACUUUGAGAAUUUUUACUCUUUUCAAUAAACUCCUUACCAGUAAGCUGAUGAUUGCUUUUGGUUUACACAGCCUUUUACAGAAAUAAGUAGUUUUGAAAGAAACUUCUCAAGCGCUUAAAAAAUAAAUAAAUAAAUAUUUGCAAUUACUUCCAGAGUUGUUUUUUGAACAUACUGUUUUCAUUUUAAUGUGGAAGUUGUACAGUUUCAAUCAACAACUAAAUUCAGAAACCAGUUUAGAGGGGAAAACACCCAACGCCUAACAAGUUCUACUGAUGAUUUGAGAGUAGUCUUGUAAUCUAUAUUCAGACAUGGUUAUUUAAUUUCUACCAAAUACAGAAUCUUCUAGCAAUACAUUUACUGAAGCCAUCCUCAUUGCAGUGUACCGUUUAACAGCUGUUUUAAAGCAGUGACCUUUGUUCUUACCCAAGAAUGGUUAUGUAUCUUUUCUGAGGGUAGAGUUAGGAUGUGUCUCGAUUUCAUCUCAAAUAAAACAACUGGAAGUGCAAGUUUUUUUUUAUUUAGAUUACAUUUGCUUUUUCUGACUUCUCAGUUUUUAUACAGUAUGAGUAGAGUGCUAAGAAGAAAAUCUUUGAACACUGGUAGUAUCAUGAGUUAUAAUAGUUUGUACUGCAUAUACAUGUGAGAGCAGCAUUCAUUGUUAUACGAUAGUUUUGGGAACUGGUGUUAGUUAUCUUUGUCUGUUACUACUUGUCCUACACUAAAGCAGGGAAAAUCAAAUGUUGUAUUGUGCUUUAAGUAGUACUCCAGUCACUGUUUUAUUUUUAUUUGCUUUAUAGAACAUUCAGGCUUAAAGCCAGAAGAACUUAAGUGCGGCAACACAAACAAUCGUCUUUAUGCUCCCGUUCUGAUUAAGUUAAUGAAAAGAGGAGGUCAUAUCUCACAGAAUUAAGAAUCCUCCUCUUCACCAUUCCUAGUGCUCUCUUACUGCUAUACAACACGUGCAUUUGACCCAAAGCCCCAGGGAUUCUGAUUCAUUUAAAAUUCUGCAGGGCUAUUGAGACAGUACUUCAGCGAUGCUGCAGUGUGUUCUGUUUGGUUUGUCCUAUCCACGAUGAUCGCCAAAUGUGCUUUUCUGCCAUGAUGCGUCUGCAUGCUUGCUAUGCUUAAUGUUUUUUACUCAAAUGCACACUGUGUGCCGUGUUGUUUGCAUGACAAAUAGCAGAAUACUAAAUCUUCAGGGCCACGGAAGCAGGCCUCAUGAUGCAAAAAGAACGUUUUCAGAUUUCCUUUAUCCCACAGAAUUUUCCUUUGAUCUUUCAUGUCCUAUGAACAAAUUUAAAAUGCAUUUGAGAGUUUCUAUGUUCACAUUGAUUAAACUGAAAGAAAACUAAUACUGUGUUUCAUGGAAGGUACAGUCAUUUUGUAGUGUUGCUGAUUUAAAUUCAGUGUAAAUUCAGUGACAGUGUUGUGGGAAAAUCUUACCAGGAUUAUGUUUAAGUCUGAUUGUAUGGAUUUUGCUUAAAGCUUUCAUAGAUGUGUUGUAUACUCAUGUUCUCAGAUAUGUUCCCAUUACGCUAAACAGUAAUCCUGUUGUCAAUGAACAACUAAAUGCUGGUAACUGCCAGUUUUAUUUAAGCUGGAAGAUGCAUGGUAACAUUAAAUGGCACAUAGAAAGGGGCGCUUAAGAGAUUUCAGAUGUACAAUUUUAAUUCUGCAACAGCUAUUGAAAUAAUCAUGCACUUACACACAAUUAAUUUGUCACAUUACCUCAAAUAAAUUCUCUUUCUUGUAAUGGUGGGGGCGCAUAGUAUGCUGUAAAGGGUAUGUUAUCUGAGAAAAUGGUCUCUGUAAGUAGGAAAUGUAAAAAUAUAUUGUAAACCCAAAAAGAGUAAAAAAAAAAAGUGAUUUAAUGCAUUUUAAAGAAAAGGAAGUGUAAUCCAGCUGGCUUCAGAUUAAGAUUCAGACACUGAAGACAAUUUGUUUAUCAGUGUUGCCAUUUAUUGCAUAAACAGAGAAAACCAUAAAAGUCGAAAGUAAUUUCACUGUUAUGCACUUUAUUUUUGCAUUUCUUUGUAGAAAAUCAAAGUAUUUGUAAACAUUUUUUGUUUUCAAGCUCUAAUUGAUGCAGUUGUUUCAAUUGCAAAUAAUGUGAGAAAAUGUCUAUGUGAGUACUCUCACUGAUGUUUAAAAGGAAUUGCAAAAUUUCUGUGCUCUAAGCCUUUGUAAAAUCAUCCUUUAGGAAAAAAAAUACAAAUCUUGGACCGAUCUGGAGUUAACCAAACUCAUAGACUCACACAAAAGAAAUGUUCUAUACAUAGAGGAGAAUAUGAAAUUAUGCUGCCUAAGGUAACUUUGUGGAUUAUAAAGUGCUAAGACCUUGUACUUGCAGUACAUAUAAAUGGCACAGUGCAUUCUAAGGAACAUUAGGAACGUGUUGCAAGUAUUGGGCCAUCCUUAUUUUUCCAAAGUCUCCAAAAUAUAUAUUUUUUUUAACAAAAGAUUAAUGUAAAGUAUACCUCCUUAUGCAAGUGUUACUGAUAGAAAUUGUUACAUGUUUCCUUUAAUAAACAAAAGGGACAAAACCUUUUAUUUGUAUUUUUCAAAUAAAAUAUGCUCUUUGCUAUGGUGAUGGGUUAUUGUAUUCCACAUCACAACUAAAAUGGGUUAUUUUCUCUUCACUCCUGUAUCUUAUACUCACCAAAGAAUUAGAACCAUCUAAAGGCACUCUGUCUAUAAGAAUGAGCACUGAUACAGCAGUAUUAAUGAGGUCAGGGCCAGAAACGGUAUGGUAACUUAAAUAGAUUUUAAUGCCUGGUAAAGUCACUCACUUGUGUCACUAUUUCAAAGACUGUCUUAAAUGAUUAUUGCUACAGAUGAGUAGGGAGAGACAGUCACCAUGAGAUACUCUGCAACAGACUGCAGUGUAACUGCUAAAUGGUUCAUUACUUUUACUUGUGGCAACUAUUACAUUCCAACCAUCACUGUCCUGAAACUGAAAUACAGCAUUAUGGGAGGAAUAAAUUAUCCACAUGAGUGAGUUAGGGAAUUGCACAUCUAAGAAACCAGAUUGGUGGUAACAGCCAGAGUUAAUGUCCUAAGUUGAUGCAGAAUAGAAGAGAAAAAAACAGGCAAGGAUAAUCCCAAUGAUCAGUCAAAUGAAAUAGCUGUGUAUGGGAAUCACUCAUUCUUUCUCAAAUGAAUUAACAGGCUUUACAAAUUACAUCCUAGAAAACAGAGAUAUAGUGGCUGACACAUUACUUGUUGAAUGUACAUCAUCUUUCCCAGACAGACAGAAUUUGAGAAUAAAGUUGUCUGACAGGAAAUUGAAAUGUGAUUACUUCUUUUAUGUUACUGCCCAUAGGCCAGUUCAUAGGUUCACUGUCUAACACCAGUUGAUGCAAUUCUCACAUGUGCCUCGGCAUAGUCCCAGAGAAUCUCAGUAUGGUGAGAAAUCACUCAAUUGCAAGGUGACUAUUAGCCUGACUGUAAAUGCAAGUCGAGGGGAGAAACUACUUUAUCUUAUUCAGGUCCUCAUUUGAGUUUACACAUUUUGAAGAAUAUUUAUAAAGAGUUUAGAUUAUCUUUUGUAUCUAAAGUUCAC